GCCCGAGCAGUUUGUCAUCCAAACGCGCCACUAAUCCGGGUUAUUAAGGCGGAGAGGUCGGUGGUGUCGCCUCCAGCUGCUCCAUACAAAUCAGAUAAGACCGCGGGGGCUCUGAGCGUGCGGAGGCUGCCAGCCUAGCAGGGACACGCCGUCACUCGGGCCGGCGCCUCUACAAUAACCCGCACCGAUGACUCCUAACCUUUGCGGCCCGAGCGGCGGUGACACCAUUAAAGCCUCCUUCUGCAGUUCAGUGAUGUAACCCUUUCUCCCUGAUGGGGAGGAGAUCAGGUCACAGGCCGCUGAAGCAGCGCCUAAGGCCUCCGUGCGGCGCGGUGGCACUCCCAGCAUGCAAAUGGCGUCAGACCGGUGCUAAUUAUUGCUGUUUGCAGUGACGAGUGUCAUUGUUGGUGGAAUCUGAAGCAGCGCGUCUUGGCAGGAGGAUCGAAUACAGGGAGACUGUCUGCAGAGGGUCACUGAUGCUGCUGCUGUCACACCGAGGACGCGCAAGGCCGUUUAAUCUGAAAUACGGUGGCGCCAUCUGGUGGGACACAAACGCCAGACCUCAAAGAAUAUUCAGCAGUGGCACAACAUGAGCAGCCUGCAAAGACAAAGAGCUCUACGUCAUGUAACUUAAAAUGACUGUGUUUUAACAUUUGCAAGCAUGUCACCACUCGGCGUUGUGGGCACAUCGGUUUGCGACAAAAAGCUGGAUGUUGUCGUCGAGACCUCGGGACUUCUCUCCAGCUGUGCUGUUGAUUGAUUACAAACCAAACAAACCAUAAAAACAAUCAGCAGACUCAUUCCUAAUAAAACUAACCUUCCUGCAAUGAGCUCCACUUCAGCAACUUGCAGCAGCCCUCACACCUACGUGGUGUUGGUGGAACCUGCCUUCUCCUCUCCAAGAGGUUCAACACUGACCAUCAUCGGAUCUUCUAAAGAGCCUGUUAUGAUGCACAUCAGUCUGAUGAUGUCGGCAACUUACCGGGACUUAGAUCCACCCUGACCGGCGGCUCAACUCAAAAUUUGACGAUACGGGACGAAUCUGUAAUGAUGACGAGUGUUUCCUUCGCUCAUUGUUGAGGCGUUUUUCUCAUUCCGCACCUACCGUCAUUGGGUGACAGCACUCCAGCCAUUCAGGUGCUCGGCGGAGGAGGAAGAGGAGGAGGCUUUAUAAGCGGCGCAGCCUUGUGUGUGCGGCUCAUGGAGUGCGUGUUUGUGUAAACACUGAGCCCGGCGCACACAUUGGUGUUUGGACAGCGCGUAAACGUGGAGAGGAAUCCGCUGCGUCUUUUUUCUUCUUCUUCUCCUCCUUUGGAUAGAUUCACUUUGAGGACUUGAGUGUUGUUGUUGUUUUUCCUCUCUCACACGACAAAACAAACCCGGAAUACGCGCACAGGACGCGAUGGCUGCCGCCAACAAGUUCAGUUUUUCCGUCAGGAGCAUCCUGGAUUUGCCCGAGCAGGAUGCGGAGGCUGCGCCGCGGUCCUCCCCGGUUUACUCCUCCUGCUCCUCCAGCUCGCCCUACACCUCCUGGAUGGACUGUGACCGGAGUCCUUGCAUAUCUUCAGAUGAAGGGAGCCUCGAGGCCUCCCCGGACUCCACCAAGCCGGACGACUCGUCCCCGGACUCGGAGCCCGACCAGAGCAAAAAGAGCAAGAAGCGCCGCGUCCUGUUCUCCAAGGCGCAGACCCUGGAGCUGGAGAGGCGCUUCCGUCAGCAGCGCUACCUGUCCGGGCCCGAGAGGGAGCAGCUGGCCCGCCUCCUCAGUCUGACCCCCACCCAGGUGAAGAUCUGGUUCCAGAACCACCGCUACAAGAUGAAGAGAGGCCGGGCGGAGGGAGGGCUGCAGGACGUGGAGAUACCGCAUCCUCCUCCGCUGCUGCGUCGCGUCGUUGUUCCGAUCCUGGUCCGGGACGGGAAACCAUUUCACACCUGCUUACUCGACACGGAGAAAUCCGGCUGUUUACCUCCCUCUCCGGGGGUUCCGUUCCCCUUAGCCUACCCGUCUCUGCAGCACCCGUCCCCCGUCGCUCUUCCUCCUCGGUACCAGCAGCACUUUCCCACCGCCGCGGCCUCCAGAUUCGCCUGGAGGGACUUUUGGAGCGACUCUGUCGCCUUUAACUCCUUCAAGUGAAGUGGAGGCCUCACUUCUUCAAUGCACGGACUCAUUUAGAAUUGCAUCAAAUGUUUUCUGAAUGUUUUUGCAAAUUUUUCGAGCAACUUAAACAUUUAGAUGUUGACUAUAGAACGAAGGAUAUUUUGCACAUUUUUAUUUUGAUAUUUCUGCGCGUGUCUGUGACUAUUUUUGACUAUUUUCCUCUCAUGCAUGGGCUUACUGGUGUAGCCUGAAGGCUUUUUUUUAAUUAUCCAGUGAGAUAAUGCAUUUGUAUGUGAGGCUGUUCAAACGUAAUAUUUUUUACAAAUAACUUUUGUUGAGACAAAGACAAAAAAAGUAGAUGGAGAUAGAAGAGGUAGCAGCAAAGCCACUAUAUUACCCUGAAGUCUGAAGGAAGAAAUGUUUUUUGUUGUUCUGUCUUUUUUUUUUUUUUUGUCUUUAAGGAGACUUUCUUUAAAGGUGUUAACUGUUUAAACUGUUUC